AUGUUGUCCAGAGAUCUUGUCCGGCGGGGGGAGGGGCGCGGGCGGUCUCUCUUCUGGAGUUCCACUUGCCAGCCCCUUUGUGCAAGACUUGACAGACCUGUGGGCCUGGUGCUAACCCUGGCAAAAGGGCGUUGCUGGUGCAAUUUCCAAUUUAUUUAUUUAUUUUUGUCUCCUCUUUGUUUAGCCUUAUCCAAAUUUUGCCUUUUUGACGUGGUGCCUAUUUAUCUCCCUUUCGAGCUCUUCGGACCCUCAGACCAAGAAUUAAGUCCCACCUGCCCUGUUGGGGAAUUCUGGUGUUGUGCACAGGGCAGAGAGAUUCAGGAGCAUGGCAGGCUGCUCACCGGCUGA